AUGAGUGAAGACCAUACGCCCGACCCUCCUGCAGAAGUCAACAGACGCAGCCAAGCAAAUAUUGGUCAAAGCCAGAGCGCCGAACCUCGUAGAGGAGUCUGUCAGUCCCUGCAGAAAUUGAAAAAUGGGUUAACAAAAAAACUUCCUAAACCCUUCAAACGAAAACGAAACCGCACCAUUGUGGUCCAGAACAUCGAACUUCAAGGUGCUCCAGCACCCGCUGUACAGAUUCAGGUCGCUCCUUCUGGCGUGGAGGAAGGUCCUGAUCCUAAACUAGUUGAUGCUGAACU